CUUUAAUUAUGUUGUAAUUGCCGUAAAACUCCUACUAAAACCAAAGCUAAAAGUUACAAGGAAAAGGGAAAGUAGUCACAAUUUUCUGUUUUCUCCCUUGUCUUCCUCGGUCUAUUGUUUGGCCUUUUCCACUAUAGUGCGCUUUGUCCCUCAAUAUUGAAAUUUUAAAUAAUGUUAAAAAAAAAUAAAUGUAUAGCCUCACACUGAUAACACAAUUGGAAAUAAUCGUACCGGGAAACCAGCUAUCCAACCCUCAUAAAAAGCCAACUGUCAACAUUUUGUGCUGGUGACUACUGCCAUUAUCUCUCUAAAGUCUUCGUUUGAUAGGAAUAUUGUAUUAUUGUUAAGUCUAACCCACUUUUGGCCCGAGCCGAUCCUACAAGCCCGACAUGCUGGGUAAGAGUGCAUUGCGUAAGGCUCGUCUUUGGCCGACUUUGCUUUUAACUUGAACUGCUGACUGCAGGUUAAGUUACGAACGCCAGAUCGGACUGAGGGCUGAACAGCGAACAUCAUGGGACAGGCCCAACACGCUCAGAAGAUCGGUGCUACUGCUAUUGCCUGCAUGCUGCCCAGUUAUUUCAAGCCUUCAACAGAAGCUGUUGCCGUGGAGUACAUCCAGCAAGUAGCCGCCGCUGCCCCUGAGACACCUUUCUACUACUACUGUAUCAACUUUAUGUCGGGCAUCUAUUUGAACACUGCCAAGAUUCUAGAACUUGCCUCAGGGCGCAUCCCCAAUCUGCGCGGCGCCAAAAUCUCUUCCCGGGAGCUCCCGUCCCUCCUAGACAGUUCCCGUGUGUGUGGUGGGAAGCUGCAGAUCAUGGUCGGCACGGACGAGCAAUUCCUGCCCUGCCUGACCCUAGGUAUUCGCGUCCCUGUGCUGAACAGCUUCCUGGGCAGUCUGUACAAGCGCCUGUUGAAGGCCUUUGAUGCCGGGGACAUGGACACAGCCAGGGACGAGAUGGUUCAGGCGCGAAAAUUGGUCCUUAUCCGAUCAAAGUAUAUUGAUGGUCCUGCCUAUGUCAAGGCAGCCAUGAAGUGUCUGGGAGUUGACCUUGGUCCAGUGAGACUACCCCUAGAAGACAUGCCCGAGCACUUGCUGCCCAGCUUGAAGCAGGACCUUAAGGACCUCGGCCUACCCGUCCAGUGACACCAUUGCUAGAGGAGUACAUUGUACACAGAAUCAAGGCAGGAACGGAUGGGGCACGGUUUAAUCUAUUAUUGCAUCUAUCCUUUAACAGAUGGAAAAGACCCAGGGGCGCAAAGCACACUUUUUUUAAAUAGGGAUAUGCACUAUGAUAACGCAAACUAUUUUUAAAAUUAUUAUUAUCCGUUGCUGGGGAAAGCUUCCAGAAAUCGUAAGAUUAUGUCCCCUAUCCCUGUAAGACUCAAGACCACCAAUCGAAUAAUAAAAAUAUUACAAAACUGUUC